GUUGAUUUCCAAAUUUGCGAACAAAAAGGCAUUGUCCGAAGCACAGUCCUCUCUCCAGUUCACAUCUCUUCCUCUCUCUCUACUGUAUAUCCUGAGAGUUUAGAGAGAGAAGACAAAGAGAAGAAGAGAGAUGGCGACAUACAUUCUUUCACGGAGCCACCAUUAAAGCAAGCACGAACCAUCUUCCCAUUGUUAGGGUUUUCUUAAAACCCGGAUAUUGUUUUCCAAUUUUUUUUUUUUUUUUUUUGUUUUCACAGAGGAAAGCAAAGAGUAUCUCACAUAAUAUCGGCAAGUGAAAUGUGGCUAAUCAUCUUGGCUUCGGCUUGAAUCGGAGGAUCCGAUUGCAUUUUUUGAGAUCUUGAAUGUGGACUUUGCAGCAGGGAUGUUUCUUGCCGUAUUUCUUCAAAAUUCUACAGGCCUGUCAAACAUUGUCAACAGCUAUUAUAUUUUUUGACCGGAAGUAAGUUAACUUUGAUGAAGUGCUUUGUGGGGAAAAAAUAAAGUGAAACUUGAAGUUUCUGUGAAGUGAAAGGGAAAUGAAACCUGAGACGCCGUUGGAUUUUGCCAUAUUUCAACUUUCACCUAGGCGUUCACGCUGCGAAUUGUUUGUUUCUAGUCAUGGAAACUCUGAGAAACUAGCAUCAGGCUCUGUGAAGCCAUUUGUAACUCAAUUAAAGGCUGCAGAAGAGCAGUUUGCUCAUGCAGUCCAGACAAUUAAGCUUGAAGUUGAGAGGGGUGGAAAUGCUGAUGCAUGGUUCACGAAAGGGACCCUUGAAAGGUUUGUGCGUUUUGUUAGCACACCUGAGAUCUUGGAGAUGGUCAAUACAUUUGAUGCAGAGAUGUCACAAUUGGAAGCAGCUAGAAGAAUAUAUUCUCAGGGUGAAGGAAAUCAGCAUUCUGGUGCAUCAGGUGGGGAUGGAACAGGUACAUGCUCAACAGAUGAAACCAAGAAGGAGCUUUUGAAAGCUAUCGAUGUACGCCUUCUUGCAGUUAAGCAGGACUUAGUCACAGCUUCUGCUCGUGCAUCAGCUGCUGGUUUUAAUCCUAAUACAGUGUCUGACCUUAAACUCUUUGCUGAUCAAUUUGGUGCCCAUCGCCUAACCGAAGCAUGCUCUAGUUUCAUCUCUCUUUGUCGGAGGAGGGCAGAACAUAUCAACACAUGGGCCCCUGGAGUCGAUGACAGAGCUGUCAGAUCAUCAUGCGAGUCAGACAUGUCCAUCGAUGACCCCACUGAAGACUCUGUUGGAACCCACAUCAAUCCACAAUACCAAACACAUAAUAAGCACAAUCCACAAUCUGGUACAGCUUCACGAAUUGAAGAACAGCAUUCCCACGUGGACGAAUCAAGGCAUACCGCGUGUCAACCAGCCAAAUCUUCUGCCACCUUCCCAAGUCAAUGCAACAUAAACUCGAAAGGCGACACAGGGGUUGAGACAUUACCUGAAAACUUGGAGAAAGAGAAGAAUGAAGAAGAGACUCCGGCAAAAUCAUCAACUCCUGUGGGUCCCCUGGCCAGGCGUCUUAGUGUCCAAGAUCGCAUUAACCUUUUUGAGAACAAACAGAAGGAAAAUACUGGUGGCAGUGGAGGGGGCAAGCCCGUUUCUGGGAAACCUCUGGAAUUGAGAAGGCUCUCGUCGGAUGUGUCAUCAGCACCUUCGGUGGUGGAGAAGUCGGUUUUGAGGAGAUGGAGUGGUAUCAGUGAUAUGAGCAUUGAUUUCAGUAAUGAAAAAAAGGACACAGAGAGCCCAUUAUGCACCCCUUCCUCAUCUUCAAUUUCUGAUACUAAGUCUAAUAUAUUUUCUGGUGCAACAGAAAUUCAAAGUGAGAAGAGCUUGCCUGAUUUGGAUAGUAGGACUAGGCUCGAAAGAAGGGGAAGUUUUGUUCGACCUGGUGAUGAUGAGCCCACACAGCAAGCUGAGGAACAAAUUACAGUUGAGGCUUAUACAGGUAAAGAGGCUGGCGCAUCGAAGGUACCGAUUGGUUGGAAGGACCAAUCAUCUUCUCUGCCAAUCAGGUCAUUCUCUAGUGGAGCUGAACCAGUUGGAUUGAACGAACGAGGAGAUUCUCAGGGAAAUGUAAAGAAUUUAUCGAGCAGUGAUGAUAAAGGUAAGGGCUUUAAAGGUGGAUUCGGUUCUGAGACACAGGUGAGAAGUUCUUCAGAUCAAGCUGAGAUUGAUGGAGUCAAGAAUCAGGCUGCGUCCCAAGUUAAUGCUUUUGUUAAGAAGGCAGGGGAUGAUGCAGCUGAUGGUAGGUUAGGGAAUAAGAUGGAGGAUUCCGGGCCAAGAGAUUAUUCAGGGUAUCUGUUACGUCCUAGUGGUUCUCAAAGUCAUUCUCGUUCUUUUUCUAACCAAUCUGAAUGUGGUGGAAUAAAACUGGAAUCCUCAUCUACUCAGUCCAUGGAAGUUGAUCGUGGCCAAGUUCCUCAACAACGGAGAUCUCUUAAAGCUGAACCAGAGGCAGUGGCUAGCAAGAAUAUUGCAUCAUCAAAUAUGCAUAAUCUUAAAGUUGAUGAUUUUGGAGCUCAGAAAAUGAAAUUGCCAAAACCUGAUUCGGCUGGCCGUAAACAAGUGGAUAAGUCACAAGUUGGCAGAGAAGAAAGCAGUUUUCUUCAUGAAAGAAGUAAAUUGGACAUGAUUGGGAAAAAUGUUAUAGAUAGCCACGAAAGAACUCCCACAUUCUCAAGCAUACCAGGAGAGCGAAUUCAAAAAGUGAGGCAGACUAAGGGAAAUCAGGAGCUCAAUGAUGAACUAAAAAUGAAGGCAAAUGAACUAGAAAAGCUUUUUGCAGAGCACAAGCUCCGUGUUCCAGGGGACUCCAGCUCUGCAAGGAGAAACAGUACUGCUGAUGUGCAGCUAGAAGAGGCAAUUAGUUCGCAGCACAGAUCAUCUUCAGUUAUGGACACUGCUCCUGCAGAAGUGGUGGAAAGAUCUGCGGUAGAAUCAACGAGGAGUUCCAAUAAAUUGGAAAAUAUUUACACAACUCCAGCAAAAAUGAUCAAUAACCAUGACUUCAGUGAUGAUUCUAGAGGAAAAUUUUAUAACAAGUAUAUGCAGAAAAGAGAUGCUAAGCUGAGGGAAGAAUGGACUUCCAAAAGAGCAGAGAAAGAAGCCAAGAUGAAGGCCAUGCAAGAUAGCCUUGAGAAAAGUAAAGCUGAGAUGAAAGCAAAAUUUUCUGGUUUUGUCGACCGACAAGAUUCAGUAGAUAGUGCUCGGAGACGUGCGGAGAAACUCAGAUCAUUCAACUAUCGCUCUCAAACAAGGGACCAGCCAAUGAUCAAUUCAAAUCAAAGUGAGGAUGAUGGGGACUUUCCUGAGGUUUUGGAGCAGAAAUUUUAUGGGAAUGAUAGAUUACACAGUGAUUCAUAUAUAUCGGACAGUGCUUCUAGAAGCAACCAGAACAAGAAGGCUCUGCCAGGCAGAAAAUUAUCAUCUACUCCUCGUCCCACUGGGACUUCUGCUCCACCCCGGUCACUUGCCAAAGUUUCCCACUCUAGUUCUGCGAAGCGAAGAGGACAAACAGAAAACCUUCUUGCACAGUCGGUUCCUAAUUUCUCUGAAAUGAGGAAAGAAACUACAAAACCUUCUGGAGUUGGCAAAUCAAUGGCACGCCCCCUGGUGAGGAAUUAUUCUCGUAAUAAAACUACCAAUGAAGAGCCAGUCAUUAAGGAGGAGAAGCAUCGUCGUCCACAUUCUUCAAGAAAGAACUCUGCUAGUGCUAUUGAAUUCAAGGAUAUAUCCCCUUUGAAUGCAGACAAUGUUGUUUCAGCACCAUUGUCAUUUGAUGAAGAGCAGAACGAUGAUAGCAUUUAUGAUAAAUAUUUGAAGAACAUAGAAUCAAAGCCUUUCCUGAGGAAGGGCAAUGGCAUAGGCCCUGGUGCUGGAACACGGAUGACGAUGUUGAAAGCUUCUAUGGAAUCUGGACCUUCAAAAGAUGAUGAAGAAUUUGAUGAAGCGGCCUUUGAGGGUUCUGAAAUUAUGGCCAACGAAGAAGAGGAAGAAGAGGAAGAGCUUGAGAAAAUGGAAACUAAAUUUGCUCAUAUGGAUAAUGGAAAACUAAGAUUAAACCAGGAAUCAGAUAGAUCAAGUAAUUCUGGGUCUGAAAUUGAAAAUUCUAUGAGAUCUCACUCUCAUUCUCAGGUGGAUCAUUCUUCAGUGUCUGAACUUCCCUCCAUGGUGCCUUCAUUUCACAAAGCAGGGUUACUUCAGGAUUCGCCAGGUGAGAGCCCUCUCUCAUGGAACUCACGCAUGCAUCACCCAUUCUCCUACCCACAUGAGGCCUCUGAUAUUGAUGCAUAUAUGGACUCCCCACUUGGGAGCCCUGCAUCAUGGAAUUCACAUAAUAUAACACAAGCAGAAACUGAUGUGGCUAGAAUGAGAAAGAAAUGGGGAAGUGCCCAGAAGCCUUCUCUUAUUGCUAUGUCAUCCAGUCAGUCGUGCAAGGAUAUGGCGAAGGGGUUUAAAAGGUUGCUAAAAUUUGGAAGGAAAAGCCGAGGGACAGAUAGUAUGGUUGACUGGAUCUCUGCUACAACAUCUGAGGGAGAUGAUGAUACUGAAGAUGGGCGAGAUCCUGCUUGUAGGUCAUCAGAAGAUUUGAGGAAGUCAAGAAUGGGAUUCUCAGAGGGCCCUGAUGAUGGCUUUAAUGAAAGCGAGUUGUACUGUGAACAGGUUCAAGAAUUACAAAGUUCGAUUCCUGCGCCACCGUCUAAGUUCAAGCUAAGGGAGGAUCACAUGUCAGGAAGUUCCCUGAAAGCUCCACGAUCAUUCUUCUCUCUCUCGACGUUUCGCAGCAAGGGAACUGAUGCAACGUCCAGGUAAUAGACACGGCAGAUUUCCAUGUAAGAUCACUGUCUUGUUAUCCCUGAAUAGGAUACAACAGUUGGUAUAGUGUAAGGCACAAGCGCUUGAAGGUAAUAGCGAAUCGAGUUCUGCAAUUCGAUCAUCAUGUACAUGUUAAUUUGAUUCACAAGACCAACCGACCGACCACCCGACCACCUACAUCAUUAGGUAGUUAUAUAUCUGUUAGUUGUGUUGAAUUAAUUAAGCAAGCAUUCUGUAUUGAACAAUAUGAGUUAAUUGUUGGCAAAAUGUCAUUGUGAUUUUGGUAGUCUUAGGAGCAUUUUUUAAAAGUUGGUUCUGCUCUUCGUUUGCUCUGAGGGUUUAGUUUUGUGUGGUGUAUAUCUGAAGGAGCUCAUGUCAAGAACAGAAUUGUUGAGUGUGAUAUAAUUAUAUGCAUAAUAAAAGCUUUUUUUUUGCACGA